AAAUUAUGUUUUUCUGGGUAAUUUGUUUUUUAAUUAUGUCUUUGGAAAAUUCUGUCAAAUAUUCCAGAUUGGGUAUUCAGCACUGAGUAGUUAGUCCUUAUGAGUGCUACACUUCUAAAUCAAGUAGGAUGACUUCUUUGUGGUUUGAAGGAAAUAAUGAAGCAUAUGAAGUGAUAACAACUUGGAAGCCCAAGUCAGAUGUAUGGGCAUAUUUGUAUGGACCAGCAAUCCUAUCUAGUUCAACUGCUAUCUCAGCUGGCUACAUCAACUACAGAUUCAGAAAAGCUCUGAAGCUCCGGAGCUUUGUCUUUAUAACCACAUAUAUUGCCACUACUUGCAUUCCUGCUACCCUUGCUUCUCUUCUUCAUGGAGAUUUUGUUCUUGCUCCAUCAUUGUCAGGGAAGCCUGUGUGUCCACUCUGCCUUGAGACAAGGAGUAUUGUACUUCAGACGACAUGCAGCACACUCUACCCACUGCUGCUGGCCCCCAUCGUGUGCUUCCAGUUCGCUGACCGUUACAUGACAGCAGUGAUCCCGCCGUUAUGGCCUGAGCCUAAACUCUUACUCAAAAAAUAUCUCUCCAUCGUUAAGCCCAUGUCCAGAAAUAUCUGCAUACUCACAGCAUUCAAUAUUGCAUUGGGUGCAGGGAUUGCGUACGGGCAGCACAUGAACCUGGUGAAGGUGAGCGAGGAGCUACAGCGCAUGGAGGCAACGCUCACGCCUGAGCGCCGCGACCACCUCAAGCAGCGCAGCGAGCGGGAGGACAACUCAGUGAUGCGAGGGGCACGCCCCAAGUGGCCGUGGCAGGAAUAAAUGCCUACUGGCUCUAAUGUAUACUUGUACAUUUAUAUUUCCAAUUAAAAACUUGAACUGAAAAGUGAU